UAAGGCAGGCGUGAUCUUUCUCUUCCUACAGACGCCGCUGCUGCUACCUUCGGCUCUGGGCAGAGCCAGGGGCAGCGCGAGAGGGAGGCAGCGAGACAGUUCCUGGCUAGGCAGUAGCCCAGCCCGGGUCCGGAGGGGGCCCCGACAUCAUGUGAUGCAGGAAGAGAGCGCAAAUGAUAUGGAAUGUGAGCAGCUGCCAGCAGAGAUACUGCGACAAGUGACCAUUCACCGAGACCCUAUAUAUGGCUUUGGCUUCGUGGCUGGCAGUGAGAGGCCUGUGGUGGUUCGAUCUGUGAGGCCAGGAGGCCCCUCUGAGAACAAGCUCCUGGCUGGUGACCAGAUUGUGGCUAUUAAUGAGGAAGACGUGAGUGAAGCCCCCAGGGAGAGGCUCAUAGAACUUAUCAGGAGCGCUAAGGAAUUCAUCGUUCUUACAGUUCUGCACACUCAUCAGUCCCCCAAAUCUGCUUUCAUCAGUGCUGCGAAGAAGGCCAAGCUGAGGUCCAAUCCUGUGAAGGUUCGAUUUUCUGAGCAGGUGGCAGUUGGAGAAACAGAUGCAAAAAUGAUGAAGAAGGAAGCUCUCCUCCUCAUUCCCAACGUCCUGAAGGUUUUCUUAGAAAAUGGGCAAAUCAAGUCAUUCACAUUUGAUGGCCGGACCACUGUUAAGGAUGUGAUGGUAACAUUACAGGACCGCCUCUCCUUGAGGUACAUUGAGCACUUUGCUCUUGUCCUUGAGUACGCCGGGCCAGAACAGAAUCACAAGUUUCUGCUUCUUCAGGACAAGCAACCCCUGGCUUAUGUGGUACAGCGGACACACUAUCAUGGAAUGAAAUGCCUCUUCCGAAUAAGCUUCUUUCCCAAAGACCCUGUGGAGCUGCUGCGUCGGGAUCCUGCUGCUUUUGAGUAUCUAUAUAUCCAGAGUCGGAAUGAUGUUAUUCGAGAACGCUUUGGAAUGGACCCCAAGCCAGAGAUGCUUUUGGGCCUUGCUGCGCUCCACAUCUAUAUCACUGUCUCAGCCACCCGACCUAGUCAGAAGAUCUCGCUCAAGAAUGUGGAGAAGGAGUGGGGUCUGGAACCCUUUCUUCCCCCCUCCCUCCUGCAGGGCAUCAAAGAGAAGAACCUCCGGAAAUCUCUUUCUCAGCAACUGAAGGCUCACCAAACACAUCCUUCCUGCGGCACCAAGGGCUCUGCAAUUCAGGCAAAGCUCCAGUAUCUACGAAUUCUGAAUGAACUUCCUACCUUCACGGGCGUUUUGUUCAACACUGUGGGCCUGGACGAGAAGCAGUCGGCCACCACUCUCCUGGUGGGACCCCGUCAUGGCAUCAGCCAUGUUAUUGACCUCAAAACCAACCUCACCACUGUGCUGUCCGAGUUCAGCAAGAUCAGCAAGAUCCAGCUGUUCCGGGAGAACCAGGGCGUGGCCCGGGUGGAGACCAGCAUCAUGGAUGCCAAGCCUCUGGUGCUGUUGAUGGAGUGGCCCGAAGCCACCAAUUUUGCCUGCCUGAUCGCGGGGUACUGCCGCCUCCUGCUGGAUUCCAGGAAGAUGGUCUUCUCCAGGCCUGCCAGCCAGCCACUUCCACCUCCAAUGAUCAAGGCAGAUUACAUGCACAGCGCCCACCGCCCUGUCACUGGGGGCCACCUGGGGAAAAAGGAGAGUAGUUAUGUGGGCAGCAUGGGCACCAGCCCCAGGAAAUCGAGCCGCUGCACACCCCCACCUGCCGACUCUGAGCUUGUCAGCUUCUGCUACCUCCAUAUGCAGGAACAAAGGAAGGAGCAGGAAAGCCGGACAGAUGUCAACGAGAACCUAAUAUUCUUUGAGGAGACCAGGCCCCGAACCAAGUCUGACCCCACAUCCAAAAGCUCUGGCCAAGGUUAUGAGGUAGUCCCCGAUGACUUUGAUGCAGCUAGCCUAGACCACGAGCCUUGUGCCAGCAGGGCCCGGUCCUACACCUUGGACAAUUCCCUUGGGGCUGAAGCCCUGAAUUUCUACUGUGACUCUUGCAAAGCCAAACUCCAGGAGCAGCUGGGCCCUCGCAAAAGUGGGAAGCCUGGCUCCUCUCGUGACAAUAUAGUAGAUUUGAUGUCCCUCCCACCACCUGGGAGUGAGGAGGAGGAGGAGGAGGAAGAUGAGACAACUUCUCUGUUGCCUGCCAUUGCUGCCCCACCCCCGGGUUUCCGAGACAACAGCUCUGACGAGGAUGACCCCAAGCGCCGGGCUGUCCAGAGCCAGGAGCAAGGACGCCACCUGCGUGGGCUUCUUUACGAUGAGAUUCCAGUGACAUUGAUUGACAGUGUGCAGACCCGGACAGUUCGAGAUCAUGCCCAGGAGCUAGAUGAUGCCCUGGUGUCCACUCUGCAGGCUCUGGAAGCCCUGGCUGCAUCCGAGGAUGGACCACACCCACCACCCCCACAGACUGCAGGUCUGAUUGUGCUGGCCACAAUCACUCCUGAAUCAUCGCUGGACUCGGGUCAUGAAACCAACUCUUCAGAGCUCACAGACAUGUCAGAGAUGAUGUCAGCCAUGAAGCAGCACCAGAACACCACCUACUUCCUGGCCCAGCACCUCAACAAGGACAGCCUCCUUGCCCGCAAGGACCUGCCCUUCCGGAUCCAGAGCUGUGCAGCCCAGGCCGUUCUCACGGCCCCUUACUCUCUCGGGCGCCCAGAUCCCAACCAAUCUCUCCAGCCGGUUGCCACAGGCCAGAGUUCUGGCCCCCCCGGCGCCCGGAGGAAGCUGCCCCAGUCAGAGGGCCAGGCACAGGGAGAACGAACAUACUCCUUGGCAGUGCACCCAGCACUGUCCCCACAACUUAGUGAACAGAAGAAUCUGAGCCUGCUGUCCCCAGUUCCUAAGGACAAAGGGCCUGGUCACACUAGGUCAGGCCUAGAGAUGUCACUGAGAGCGGCUACAUCAUCCCUCAGUGAAGAGCAGGUCUCUGAGCUGAGAGAGAACCUGCCCAAGGAGGUCAGGUUGAGCCCCAAGCUUAUCCUGGACCCAAAGGGCAGUGUGACCCCAGCCAUCAUCUCGGCCGCCCUGCAGCAGGUGGUUCACAGUAAGAGUCUUGUCACUCCUGGUGGGGCUUUGGGAAACGCCCCCAGCAGGGGCGAGAGAAGCCUGGAGGACAGCAUGGGGAGGCCAGAGGUUAGCAUGGCAAGGCCAGAAGUUAGCAUAAUGAGCAGCAGUGCCAAUAAGAAUUUGAAGUUCAAAAUGAGCCCCAGUGCUCCAGAGACCUCACGGAAUUCUCAGCAUCAGCUGGGCACAGAGGUCUCUUCCAGCCCCAGAGCACCCACAGGCAGCCGGGCUGACAGCCUGCACCUCACCCCGCAGGAGAACAGGCUGUCUGUUCAAAAUUUCCCUCCCAAAAGCUAUCUUUUGCGAGCAAGCCGAGAGUCAGUGGGCAAGCAAGCUACAGGGGAGGUGGCAGGCAAAGGUGGGCCAGAGGGUGGUAAGCCCAUCCUACCGAAGCAGGGCACCAUCUCCAGCCAAGGGGAGAAGGCGCAGCUGGAAAGCACACCCAAAAGCAGCAAGCUCGAAGAGACCGGCCUGGUUCCUCGAGCUAGCUACCCCAUGGCUCUGCAGAGCCCCAGCUGCCAUUCGAGAAGCCACAGCCCCAGCUGCCAGCCCCGUGGCCACAGCCCUAUCAGCCAGUCUCGAGGCCAGAGCCCCAGCUGCCAACCUCGAGGCCAGAGCCCACUGAGGUCUCAGGCUGCCAGCCGGCAGGUGAGCACUAUGCCCUCUAGGAAGCUUGAAACAACUCUCAAUGGAGCCCACUCAACCUCUGAAGGCCCUGCAAAGCCCAAGUCAUCCCGAGGUCCUUUCCGGCUACGCAAUUUAUUCUCUGCCACCUUCCCAACCCGCCAGAAGAAGGAGACAGAUGAACGGCAGGCCCAGCUGCAGAAGGUAAAGCAGUAUGAGCUGGAGUUCCUUGAGGAGCUUCUAAAACCACCAAGCCAGGGGGAGUUGCCAGGCACCGAGUACCUGCAACCUCCAGCACCCGGCCGCUGUAGCUGCCAGCUCCGCAGCAGCCCUGUGCAGCAAGGGCCUGGCAUGUCCCGCGAGCAGAGGCGCAGCUGCGACUGCAAGCGCAUCUGCCGGGGGGGCCGGCCACAAGCCGCCCAGACACCAGUGCCCAGCCUCCGGGGGAGGGAAAGGGACAGGGUCCUCCCUACCCAGAGGCAGCCAGAGGCUAGCCCAGGCAUGAGCCUUAGCAGCCCCAUCAAUGUCCGGCGCAUUCGUUCUACCAGCCUGGAAUCCCGAGAGUGCCGAUCAGACCCAGAGAGUGGUGUUUCGUGCCUCACCACGUGUGCCUCAGGGGGCGAAUGUCUGGGAGCUCCGAAUUACAGGAAACUGAUGCGCCGCUACAGUAUCAGUGAGCUGGACCAGGGUGACAGGGCCUCGCUGACCUCGGAUGUCUACCCACAUCUGCCCCUGGGCAUGCUGCCCAGGGAGGCCAAGGAGGUAGAGGCAAGCCUCCCCCUAGCCUUGGGUCCCAAAAGCAGGUCUCUGGAGUCACCGACCCUGGGAAACCCCUCCUAUGUCCAGGUUGCCCCAGAGACCAAAGGUCCCAGACAGAUGGCUGUGUUCUCACUGCCCGAGGAGGUGUACCGGCAGCCUGCCGAUCUAGAUGAGGACAGUGAGAGCAGCAAGUGCUGCUCCAUUCGCUACUGCUUCUAUUACCGCAAGUGUGACAUGGCAGAUGAUGCCAGUGACGGCAAGGAUGAGCUCUCCUACUCUAUCCCCAUGAAGAUCCUGCCCGGCAUGAAGCUGGACGAGCAGGUGGUACCUGUGGUGAGCAGGACCCUGCAGGUGCUGGAUGCUGCCACCUGCAGCAGCAGCAGCCCUGAGGCCUCCCGCACUCAGGAGAUUGACCUCCGCGUGUCCACCUUCGAGGGGAGCCUGGCCAAGAUCAAUGCCCUGAGAGCCCAUGCCUAUGGCCUCCCUGAUGGCUUCCUGGCUGCCCGGCUGGACACCAACGAGCUGCUGACAGUCCUGCGGCAGUGUGUGGCCAGCCCUGAGGCCCGUGCCCCCAAGCCCUAUGUCUCUCAGAUCUCCGAGUAUAAGCUCGAGCUAGCUCUCAAGUUCAAGGAGCUCCGGGCCUCCUGCCGCCGUGUGGCCAAUGUGGACAAGAGCCCGACUCACAUGCUGGCAGCCAUCACGGGCAGCUUCCAGGUGCUGAGCAGCCUCAUUGAGACCUUCGUGCGGCUGGUAUUCAUCGUGCGCUCCGAGGCCCAGCGCCAAGAGCUGCUGGCCAAGGUAGAAGAGGUGGUGAGGAACUACACCUUCCUGUUGCGUGCAGCUGAGGAGUCCACAGCCCGGAAUCUUAACCAGCAGCAGCAGCAGCAGCAGCAACAGCAGCAGCAGCAGCAGCAGCAGCAGCAGCAGCAGCAGCAGGCGGCAGCAGCUGCAGGGGCAGCCAUGGAGCAUCCACCAGGCUCCCCAACCUCAGCGACUGUUAUGAGCACAUUCACCCACUCCUUAAAAACCCUUAUUAAGUAGGGCAUCUGCCCACACCUGUCCCCCUUCCCUAACCAUGGCCCCAGGUUUGAGCUUUGUGGUCCUUGCAUCUUAUGGUGAGUGUGUGUGUCUGCUGGGCUAGUCAGGGUCCAAGAGCCCAUCAGUCUCCGGGGAGUGGAAACUCCCUUGAUUGAGGCUCUCUCUUAAGGGCUGCAAGCUUAGCUGCCGCCCCGGGUGUCCUCACCCCUUCCCUGGCGUCUGGGCCUCACUGUGAGGGCAAAGGCCCCUCGUCACUCUGCUCACAGCAGAGCUGUAUUUUCUCUCUUCUCUGGGGCUGAGAGGUGACAUCAGGCUCACUUCCUGCUCAAUCCAUGUUGGGCGCUGGGGGAGCCAAGGCCUGCAAGCAGACCCUCAGGCCUUGAGCUCCCCGUGGCAUCAGCUCCCCUGCUGGGAACAGUGGCAGUAACAGCAUGCCACAGCGCCAAGCUGAGGGGAGAGGGCACUCAGUCCAGAUGUGCCCAACCACUCUGGGCUCACACUCAACUGGCAGGUGCCACCCUGAGGGCCUGUGCCUGGGUGAGAUACCUGCAGAAAACAGCCACACUAGGCUGUUUGCAGCCACCCAACAGGCUGGCAGCCUGGGGAGCCCUCACCUCCAGGUCCAGUAGCUCCACACCAGCCAUCCCCAAAGUGCCCUGCCCCUCACUGAUGGGCAGGGCAGCUCAGUCCACUAGGGAGCAAGCAUCUGGGAUCACCCCACUCGUUUUGGGUAAGGUAUCUGGUAAAAAACGUCUGCCUGGGGAGACCCAGUGCAGGCCUAGGAGCCCGCCCGGCCCAGCGCAGGGGCUGUUGCUGCAGGCGUGAGGCUCCUCUCUUAACAUCUUUCUACCAGACAGACUGUCCUUAGGAGUUUGACUUAGCUGUGGAUC